AUGUUUGGAAAAGGAAGUCAGCAUUUCUAUGCCCCAGUUAAUUCAUAUCCAUCAUGUCGGAACCGAAAUCGACAAAAAAAUCUGUAUCCAAAUCUGGACUACGAAGACGAUGACGAUAGUAAUGUGUCAUAUGAGUCAGACCAUACAGAAUGUGAUGAUUUUGGAGGGAAUCCUGAUAGUUCAUCAUCAUUGGCAGUAUUGGAAUGGAUUCAAAAUCUGUCUCCUUGGUUGCUUAUUAUUCUCGUCUUUGGUGUUAUUGUUGUUGCUGUUGCUUGCGUUAUUAUUAAUUACUCAUGCUCGAAUUUAAGCAAUGAAACUGCUCCACUGAAAAGAUAUAAGCAGCAGAUAAAUGGCAUUUUGAAGAAAAAUUUCACUAACGAAUAUGAACACGGUACUAAUACGAAGGCAGUCUUGCUGCUUAUUGGUGAAAAAUGGGUCUACCAGAAACCAGUCGAACCAUAUGUCGUAUUAAUUGCGGGUAUAAAGGCUGAUAUGUUAGCCGAUGCUCUUGGUGAUGUUUUUUCCAAUGUCACUGGAAAGGGUGAAAUUGAUAGAAUAUUUUGUAAUGAAUACAAAGAACGUCGAUUAUUGGAAAGUGAAGUUACAAAUUCAUUGUCGAAAUACAGUAAAUCAGUAGUUUUACAUGGAAUCGACAAGCUGCGAGGACAUGCUCUGUUAUAUUUGCAUAGUUUAUCUGAUCCCGACCAUUCGCCGUUUCGUUCCGCUCUCAUUUUACUGACUAUUAAUUUAUUCUUCGGUGCAUACCCCAGCUGUGAAGAUGAGAUAUCUAGUUAUUUAUUAAAUAUAUGGGACUCGGAUUAUAUUGGUGAGGACCAAAUUCGACCGAUUCUGUCUCGGAUAUCUUCUUUCUUGAUAUGCUUGGAAGAUUGA